AGGUGUGUUCUUGAAUUGUUUACGAGAUUUGAAGACUUCAGGUGAUGGAAUCGCGAGACGGACUAAUUGGCGGAAUCCUUGCGAGGAGCAGUUGAUGGAAAAUGGAAGAGGACAAACCAUCCGACGCAACACUGCCCCGCGUGGCCUAUUUCCAACACGAAGACAUCGGCCUGUUCCACUAUGGACGGGAGCAUCCGAUGAAGCCGUUUCGUAUUCGGAUGGCCGACAGCCUCGUGCGCUCGUACGGACUGCUGGAUUUGAAAAAUAUUACAGUGCACAACACGCCAACAGCGUCACGCGAUGACCUGACGCGAUUCCACGACGCUGACUAUGUACGCUUUCUAGAAACUGCUGAACAAGAAGCAGAAGAAGAGCCAAGUAGUCGUGCUCGGUUUAAUAUUGAUGAAGAUUGUCCAGUGUUUCCUGGCAUGUACGACUUUUGCUUGCUGUCUGCUGGUGGCUCUAUUGCCGGCGCACGUCUGCUCAACCGCGGUGACUGUGACAUUGCUAUCCAUUGGGCCGGAGGGCUGCAUCAUGCUAAACGGGACUCGGCCUCCGGAUUCUGCUAUGUCAAUGACAUCGUCCUGGGCAUCUUGGAGUUGCUACGCGUUUACAAACGCGUGUUAUACGUGGAUAUCGACGUGCACCAUGGAGAUGGUGUUGAGGAGGCCUUCUACACGACAGAUCGCGUCAUGACACUGUCGUUGCACAAGUUCGGGAAUUUUUUCCCGUAUUCGGGCGACGCCGGGGACGCGGGCGCCGGAUCUGGCGUCGGCUAUGCGCUCAAUGCGCCGCUUCACGACGGCAUGGACGACGCCAGUUAUGUGGCGCUGGUGGCGCCGCUUUUGCGUCAGGUCAUGACCCACUUCGCGCCGGAUGCGGUAGUGCUUCAGUGUGGUGCUGACUCGCUCAGCCAGGACUGGUUGGGCACCUUCAACCUUACUCUCAAAGGUCAUGGUUUCUGUGUCGACUUCUUCAGACGUCAGGGUGUACCGCUUUUGUUGCUAGGCGGCGGCGGUUACACCAUUAGCAAUGUGGCGCGAUGCUGGACUUGGGAGACUGCCGUUGCACUGUUGGGUGCUGAAGAAGCAAGUGAAAUGCUUUUGGAAGAUGGUGGAACCGUGCCCAGGACUGACCCUUACGUGGACUAUUAUCUGCCGGAUCUGAGCCUGCGUGUAGACGCCACAAACCGACCAAACCUCAACAGCGCCGAAUACCUCGAUUAUCUCCGGGUUAGAUUCGGAGAAGCCCUGCGGAAUCUGCCGCACAGACCGUCGGUCCAGUUGGGACAAGAUGUUUCCAAGAUUGCCGCCGAAGCUCGAGUAUCUUCGAAUUGCCGUCAAAUGAAGACUGGUAGAAAGACGGUUGAGGAUGGUUUGCCUGAGUGGCUGACGACACUUUGGGAUGUUGACAGCAAUGAUAAGGACAGAGCCGAUCGACAGCGACAGCGUGGGGACAGGCCAACUGUUUUUUCGGUUGUGCCCGACAAUGCGUACCUCAAUUCACUCACGUCGUACUUUUCGACGCCCCUUUUCGCAUCCUCAACUGUGCGUCCCUAGUGAAAAUAUUUUUGUCUCCGUCGUGGAGUGAGCGCGUGGAUCUCAUAGCCAUAGCCAAUGAGGAUUACAUAUUGAGGGAUUUUGACUAGGUCUGUGCCUAGUUCGUGAAGUAAAUUUGCUCAAUCGUGUUUUUUUCUAACCUACUUGCGCGUGUCGUCUGUGAUGAGGCAACAAGUGCUGCCGGAUUCCGUUUGUCUUUUUAAUUUUUCACUCAAAAUCGCCUUCAAUAGGCCCUUGAUGACCAGCAGGUGGACAAGUGUAAAUAUCAUUGAAAAAAACACCGGGUUUUUUAUUUAAUUUUUGAAUGAAUACGCCAGAAAAUUUAAAGUUUUUGAGAUGCAAUUGGAUUUUCAUUUGCAGAAUACAGUACACGGAAGGUGAGAAAAAAUAUGGACAAGUAAUUAAGAGCCUUUUUUUCGACCUUGUUCCCGUUGAAGUGGAUCUUAUUUUUGAAGUUAUUUGGUGAGAGAAAAAAUGCUUUGAACAUACCCCCAGCUAUUGAAAUGAUUGCUGGAUACCGGAGGGGGUUGCAAAUUCGGAAUUAUUUAUUCUAUUCUUCAACCUGCUGUUGCUGUCUUUCGCAUGUUUUACGAGGAAGAAUGUGAAGGUGUGGGUUGAUGCGGCUGAAAUGAGGACGUGUUUAGGUUAUGUCAGUUUUUGGACCAAAAGAAGAUGCUUGUCGGCUAGACGGGUCUACGAGCGUCUUGCAUUCCCCGUGCGUAAUGCAAGCAGUGGACAAGAGAAGAGCGAUCCUACAGUUGAACAUGUGAAUGUGGGCACAAUUGGACAUGUGGACCAUGGCAAAACGACGCUGACUGCAGCCAUCACGAAGGUUCUAGCCAAAAGAGGCAAUGCGUCGUACGUGAGUUACGACUCCAUUGACCGAGCACCUGAAGAGCGUCGGCGCGGCAUCACCAUCAAUGUGGCACACGUGAGCUACUGGUCAUUAUUGAGCGGGGGGCGACGUCGACGUUAUGCUCACACAGAUUGUCCGGGCCAUGCAGACUAUGUGAAAAACAUGAUUUCUGGAGCAUCGCAAAUGGACGCCGCCAUCCUCGUCGUGGCCGCUAGUGAGGGCGAGAUGCCACAGACGCGGGAGCACGUGUUGCUCGCUAAGCAGGCCGGUGUGUCCAAGAUGGUGGUGUUUCUCAACAAGGCCGACCUGGUGGAUGCGGAUGUGCUUGAGCUAGUGGAACUGGAGAUGCGGGAAUUGUUGGACAAGCAUGGGCUGGACGCGGAAAAAACGCCGGUUGUGUGUGGGUCUGCGCGAUUGGCUGUAGCAGGCGACCCUGGUCCUCUGGGGGAGCCGGCAGUGGAUCGUCUCGUGGCUGCCCUGGAUGCCUACGUGGAGCCGCCUGUGCGGGACGAAGCGCCGCCAUUUGUGAUGCCCGUGGACAACGCAUUCUCAGUCACGGGCCGCGGGACAGUUGUGACUGGGACACUGGUUCGUGGCAUUGUGCGUCGUUUGGACAAAGUUUCACUCGUGGGCUUUGACGAGUGUCGAUCCACUGUGGUGACGGAUGUGCAGGCCUUUCGUGAGUCUGUGCCGCAAGCCGUGGCCGGAGAUCACGUGGGUCUUCUCUUGCGAGGUGUGCCAGUGCGGAGCGUGUUGCGUGGAAUGCUCGUGUGUGGCUGUGAUGGUGACGAAGGCGUGUUGAGCGUCACAAAUCGGUUCACUGCUCAAUUGUACCUGCUGUCGGCGAGUGAGGGUGGACGCCAGGCCCCUGUGCGCACAGGUUAUACGCAGCAGCUCUUCAGCAGCACGUGGAACCUGCAGGCCCGCCUGGACCUGACGCCCGCAGAGCUGGACAUGUUGUUACCUGGGGACCACGCAACAGUGGGUGUGACGUUGCUGCGGAAGAUGCCAUUACUGGCGAACCAGACGUUUACGAUGCGUGAGAAUGGCGUCACAGUGGCGACAGGACGGUUGGUGACGCGUCUGGAUCCUGUGGUCAUAGCAAACGCCAACUUGGCCAAAGCCGCUGGUUGGUAGCCGGAAGAAGCAGACAAUGGAAGAAAAAAUCAGCUGUAGUUUUUUUUUUGUGUGAAAGAGAGAACAAAAAAUUGGAAAGGAAAAGAAAA